AUGAAAAAUGCAGUUGAUCGUCCUGAAUUAAGACAUUUAAAAGAUGUCAUUGUGUUUCAACAAAAAGGUCCUCGAUCACAUUCAAAUGAAAUAUUAGGCUCAGAUUUAGAUGAUUGUCUUGGAACUCUAUCGAAUAUUCAUUUAGCUUACGUAGAUAAAUAUGGUAUCAAAUCAAAAAUAUGUACAGAAUUAGCUGAAGUUAUUUCAAAAGAAGUAGCUGCUACAAAAACUGGUAUACAUCCGUUAACCAAUGAUGAAAUUGUUAUACUAAAACAAAAACUAGAGAAUAAAUUGUCCGAUUUUAUGAAAGGACAUAGUAAAUUAUAUCGUUCAGCACGUCAGGCUAUUGCAGGUUGGAAUCGUGCAAUAAAUAAUUAUGGUAAUUCACAUCAUAUAGAUGUAGCUCUUGCAUUAGCUUCUCCUUUGAAUAUCAAAGAUCAAGAAAAUACUGGAACGAUAAAAACGUCAAAUAUAUUAAAAAAUUAUGAACUCAAAGUGAAUUACUCGAAAUUAGAUGAAAAUAAUGUACAUGUUAUACUAGCUUCAGAACAUCAAAGUUUUCUUAAAGAACGCUUUCAUCAACAAUGGAUAAAUAUGGAAGAUCAAGAAUUACAAAAUAUGUUUCACGAAAUAGAUCAACUUACUUUAGGUUAUAGGAAAAAAACUCAGUCAACAAUAUGGGCUUAUCUUUAUGAAUAUAUUAUAUCAGCUUUACAAUAUAUUUGUAUUGAAAAGAGACUUGAUGAUAAAUGGAUACAUUCAUCAACAGUUGAAUAUUGCUAA